UCACCGAUCCCUAGUCUCAAUUGUCCAUUUACAUUUCCUAACCCUCUUUAGUCGACACAUUUACACAUGUGUACCCACAAGAGGAUGGGCAAAUUGCACUCGGUCGUACAUCGGGUGGCCUUUCCGCACCCUUUGUCAUGUGGCACGUCCAGCACGAAAGUCCGCCACAGCUGGAUGUCGAGGACGUAAAAUACACCGCUCCACUUUACGCAGAGGAGCUCCGUGAUCACGGCGGACGCCUGGUCCAAGUACACGCAGUUCUUGUACGGCCACUUGUCCAAGCCAAAAUGGUACUUUAGCGCCCUCAGCCAACAAGAGCGAAACGUGCUGACUCUUGUCUUGCAAGUGGGGGCAUCGUUACCUUUUGUAACUAAACACAAUCGUCAUCGACCCGAGCGCCAUCGCCACGGCAUGCCGAAACCGAUCCGUGCUGCCAACGUACACGGCGCCUGCCCUACACAUCAGCUCAAAGUCAACUCGCGGCAUGGGGCACACUCGGUCCACAGUCACUCGGUGCAUCACAGGGAAGGCACCGCCGCUGACGUGUACUGGUGCGUGAAAAUGAUCUGGACGUCGCCGGCGACACUCACGAGCCACCACACCUCCCCUGAUGCAAAAAUCACCUUGUACCACUCAAGCUCUUGCGCGUGAUGAAACGCACUCAUGGGCCCCAACGGUCCAAACUGCCCCAGCUCCAACGGGGCCGUGCUUAGACAGCGCCACGCUCCGCGCAAACAGAAGCGGCCGACCGGUCCAGACGAUGCCCGCCACGCGGGGGAGCACCAGCACAUUGCACACUUCGACGCAGCUGACGCUGGCGAUCACGGCGAGUGAUGCGAGAAUGACCACAAACGACAGCAUCGACGUGAUGUAGAUUCACACAGCGCGGGAGUACAGCGCCACGUUCUGCGGGACGUCCAGCUGAUUGGGGAGGGUGUCUGUGACGGACGCGCUGACCGACUACAGCAGCACGAACGUGCCGACGUCACCUUCAAUCGACAUGACUUCGCGUUGGCCGAGCACCCACUCGAUGGCCAGUCCCCAUGCAAAGUAGUCGAAUUCGGGGGACAUUGUUUGAUCCAAGAGGAGGCGCAGCACGUGUCGACUCGUGCCAAGGACGCCGUCGUGUCCUCCAUCUCGUGCUGCGCGACGACGGCCAAGUCGGUUAAACAUGCGACGUCGCUUCAAAAGAGGUAGGUUUCAAUCAUGCGCGUCGUUUCGCUUAGAGUGCCGAGGCAGUCCGAAGCGGCGGGAACCAGCCACAGGUGGCCGUGACGUUGAGCUUGUUCGAGUGGAUGGCCAUCGCGGCCACGAGACUGGUCAUUUGUGUGAGGGCAAUGUACUCAAUAAUAGGACUGGCGCACCCGUCGUCGGUUCACAGUGUCAACAUCCGACUCGACUAGGAGACCAGGAAUUGGUCGCACAGGAUGUUGCCUGCAAAGCGAGGCACGCCAAUCCACGCCAAUCCACUCUGCCGGGCACGUCCAAGGCAGUUGGAGCCGCUCAAACGACACUUGCGCGUAGUCGUUGGUGGCCACGGCGGCGUCCACAGCUUGUUGGGCCUUGCUGAAGAAGACCUGCAUCGCGUCCAGACACGGGAUGUGGCGCGCAUCGAUCGUUCCAAACAGCCCCAGAAUCGUCUGCAACGUGACAAACGUGAGGCCGAGCGUUUCUCGAGCACGGACGCCCACGUCAUGACUUGUUGCAUGGUAGAGUUAGCAUAAACAAAGUUGGACGAUUGCGGCACGAGGGAUCCGUUGAUUAGUCGCGUGUCUUGAGCGAGGAAAAGCUCAAACGCGAGCGCCCAAUACAGCUUCUACGACGUGUGGGACGGGACCUGGUACACCGGUUUGUACUCAAUCCCCUGGGCCCGCCACACCUUCGCUUCGGCGACUUGCGUGGUGGAGAUACCAGUUAGCGAGUCGAGCCACG